AGGAGAAUACAGAAGAAGUAAAGGGAGAUUGGGAGAACAAAAAUGGCGAAGAACGAAAACGGCUACGAGAACUUGUUGGCUUCACUGAUCGUCGACAUCAAAUCAUACUCGGGAAAAGACCAUCUUCUUCCCUGGAUCCGAGGUGUUAAGAAGAUGAAAGAGAGCUUGCCGCCUCAGAUAUUGAACGAGAAGCUGCCGCGGUUUCUGCAGAAAUGUGCACAGUCAUUUGAAUCUGAUAAGAGAUACCGAAACGAUUCUAGAUAUAUUCGUGUUUGGUUGCAGCUGAUGGACUUUGUAGAAGAUCCAAAAGCUCUCCUAAGAACUAUGGAAGCAAAAAGUAUAGGGACCAAGAGGUCACUGUUCUACCAGGCAUAUGCUCUCCAUUAUGAAAAGGUGAAGAGAUUCGAGGAGGCUGAGAAAAUGUACCGUCUUGGGGUGCAAAACCUUGCAGAACCCAUGGAUGAGUUACAGAAAUCAUACUUGCAGUUCCUUAGUCGCAUGGAGAGGCACAAAAAGAAAAAGACACAGCGUCAUGAGUCUGAAAAGCACCAGAAGGUUGAGAGGUUACAAAAGGAGCCUGGAUUGGCCAAAAAUGAUGAUACGCCAGUGCUGAAUUUUGUUGAUAAAGCCAUUGUAGGAAAGCCUGAAGCAGAAAAUGCUUGCCAUCACGGUUUGGUGGAUCCCACAAUCAACUUGAAGGAAGCCAUGAAUGCAAUCAACAACAUGUUCAAAGAGCCUAUAGAAACUGCUCCACUUCAGAGAAGAUCACACAAAAGCCAAGGCAAAGAAAAUCAAGGCUGCGACAAUGGAUUUGAAGUUUUCGUGGACGAGAAUCUCGAAUGUGAAACAGGUGCAAGAGGAAAAGCAAAGACUGGUACUACUCAGGGAUCCCAGCCUGACCAAGAGUCCUUUGAGAUAUUCAUCGAUGAUGAAAACGAUGAUGAAACUACGGAUGAAAAUGAUGUGGCCGGAAAAGGUUUCGUCUUUCUCCAGCCAAGAGACCAUUCACCUGAAACCUCUGAAGAAUCAGACAGAAACAGUCCUCCUCGAGCUAGAUUCAGAGAAGACACAGUUGUCCAUAGGUUUGUUGGUUCAACCAUCUCCGAUGAGCCAGCCGUUGAAAAUGUCUGCCACCAUGGCCUUGUAGACCCUACAGUCAACCUAAAGGAAGCCAUGGAGGACAUAAACAACAUGUUUGGUGAACCCAUAGAUUUUGUUAGACCCAACCGCUCCAAAAACAGAGGAAAAGCAGUAGAAGAGAAGAAACCAGAUCCUGCUGCAGGUUUCUCAAUACUUGAGGAUGAUGAUGAUGAUGAUGAUGAUGAUGAAGAAGCUGAGCAAGAACAUCAAGGGAAUACCCGGCUCUCUCAAAUAUCGCCUACAAAAUCAAACGAGCGUGAUCUAUUUGAGCCAACAGUGUGCACAAAAGUAGCCUUGGAUGAGAUCAACAAAUUGUUCGCAAUGCCAAUGGACUUCUAAGCAACUAGGUAUUUGAUUCCUCUCUGUUUGGCUCUUAUGAAAACACGUAAAGUAUGCUUAGGAGUAGGCAAAGUUUGUGGUUUGCAUUCCUGCUUUAAUACCUCUCUGUUGUGUAAUGGUGUGAACUCCUUAUUGUUGU